UUCAAAAACCAAACUACAUUUCUAAAGCUCCUAUGCACACUUCACUUUCCUUGUGGAAAUGUCGUCUGCUACAAAUCAAGCAGAAAACACAACAAAACUUACAGGUUAGAAUUGCUUAUUUGCUGAUGAUAAGUGUGACUCUGUAACAGUUUGGUGUUAUGAGACAAUUUGAUGAAAAUCAUUAAUCUGUUGAUUACAUAUGCACUUUUAUAUUAAACUAUUAUUUGAUGUGAGCCUUGUAUUUAAUGCAUUAUAUGUUUUAGAUGAAUUGGUCGACGGCAAGCCACUUCUCAGAUUGACAGGCACUGAUUUGAGGUUUAUGAAUAUUAAAACCGGACCAGCAUACAAGAUUUUGGAAAUAAUUGAAGAUUCUUCCGCUAUGGUGGAGUGUAUUGUUCAAGAAGAUGGGUCUAUUAUUGCAAGUGAAUCAAACAAUUGUACUGAUGAUGAAGUGUCUCAAGAGAUCAUGCAGAAACCGAGCUGUUCAACGGAUUCUCCUCAAGCAUCAGUUUCAAAGUUGAUAAAGGUAUUUUUUUAACCUCAUUUAUGAAUAUGUACACCUAAAGGGCUUGGAUAAUAAUAACUUUGAAUAUAUAGAAAGAAAGUGAGUCCACGUCGAUAAAACUUUAUAAUGUUCGAUCAUGGAUCAAGGAAUUGGACAAAGAGAAUAAGUCAAAGAAAAGUUUGGUAAAAAUCUUAGAUUCAGGUAUUGUGAAAGAUGUGGAUCGCCAAGCUCUUGUCAGAAAUGUUAUGUCUCACCUAAAACUAGAAUGUGGAGAUGCUUAUCCGCCUAAAGAGAUGAAAACUAAAGUAGCAAAAUCGAUAAUCAUUUCUUUCCCAAAGCUAAAAUCUACUACUGGUUGUGGUUAUGAACAUUUUUACAAUGAAAAGUUGUCUUCUAGUUUUCUUGAGUGGAGGUUAAAAACCAUGAGAAAGACAUUAAAAAGUUCUGAGAAGAAAAGGACAAGAGGUAAGAAGAGAUCUCUGACAGAUAGUUCAAAUGUACAAGUUGAAUUGAGUUUAGAAGAGUAUGAAUCAAAAGUUUCGGAGUUGCAGUUCAAAAUGCCUAAUGACACGAACAAGUUUUCAAUACUACAGUUAAUGGACGAAACCAGAUCUAAUAGGCAGCAAUGGAUAAAAGAUCCUGAAAACCAUGUAACGCUACAUGACAUUUUGAAUAAGUUUCCACGAUUUACUGACUUUAAAGGAGAAUUGAUACUUAGAGAAUUUCAAUAUCAGAUCACUGACAAAGACACUUUCUUGGGAAGGUUCCCAUCGUACUAUGGUCCAUGGAUUCUGAAGUACUGCAAAGUUACAAAGCCACAGCUUUUAGAUCAAGUACGAUACAUAGCAGACUCAAACAUAAAAGCCCUUCUAAUACUGCCAAAUGUCUUGCCGAGUCCAAAUUAUAUGAGAAGAAAGACCAAUGAUUCAACAAAAAUCAAAGGACAAAAAAAGUAAAACUUGAAGCAGACUUUGCAACUAAGACCAUCUCUAAUGGAAAUCUUUUGCGAAUUGUAAAGACACCUGUGAAAGAAUGGGAGAUUUUUUUAUCAAAGUAGAUAAUUACAAAAUAGCAGUAGGCUCCAACAUAAUGAUUGCAUUUGAUAUUCUUGUGAAGAUGCACUACGUGUUUGAUCUCCAGUUUUCACCUGACCUUGAAAUCUUUUAUAACUUUAUAGUGUCUAAAGUUAUGGGUUUAGACACCACAGCAAGAUCUUGUUGCGAUGCUUUUGACACUACUCUACUUCAUUUAGGAGAACAGACCCUCGAUGAUGAUGUCAAUCAAAGUGCAUCCGAACAGGAUGAAGAUGAAGACUUGUAAUUUAACUCAAAGAUUAUAAUGUGAAAAGUCGACUAAUCAGGUUCCAAAGAUUAUAAUUAUUCUUUAAUUAUUAAGUAAAA